GCCUGUCUCUCCUUUAAUAUGGUCGUUAAUUCCUGUGCGAAAUCAAUCAAUCUGAUAAUCGAUAAAAAGAGAUAACAUGGUUUGAUUCAAACACAAGAAUUACAGAAGAAAUCGUCCAUUGAAAAGUUUAAAACAAAGGUCCUGCUCAGGAAAACGGAGCUAUGAUGAAUAUUUGAGGAAGACUUGAUCCCAUGGGCUCCUCUCCUGUGCUGACCCAAUGGUUUAACCACCUGGACUAAAAAUGAGCAUUAGCAGUGAUGAGGUCAAUUUCCUAGUGUACAGAUACCUGCAAGAGUCAGGCUUCUCUCAUUCAGCGUUCACCUUUGGCAUAGAGAGCCACAUCAGCCAGUCCAACAUCAACGGAGCCCUGGUGCCCCCUGCUGCCCUCAUCUCCAUCAUCCAGAAGGGUCUGCAGUAUGUGGAGGCCGAAGUCAGCAUCAAUGAGGAUGGGACCUUGUUUGAUGGGCGACCCAUUGAGUCCCUGUCUUUGAUUGAUGCUGUGAUGCCAGAUGUGGUUCAGACUAGGCAGCAGGCCUACAGGGAUAAGCUAGCCCAGCAGCAGCAAGCUGCCGCAGGAAGCGGCAGUGCCACAGGGCCACAGGGAGGUGCCAAGAAUGGAGAGGGUGCUGCCAACGGGGAGGAGAACGGAGCCCACGCCUUAGCCAACCACCACUCAGAGAUGAUGGAGGUGGACCGGGAUGUGGAGAUCCCCCAGAGCAAAGCCAUGGUCCUGAGGGGCCACGAGUCUGAGGUUUUCAUCUGUGCCUGGAACCCUGUGAACGACCUCCUUGCCUCCGGGUCGGGGGACUCCACGGCACGCAUAUGGAACCUCAGUGAGAACAGCACAGGCGGGUCCACCCAGCUGGUGCUGAGGCACUGCAUAAGAGAGGGGGGCCAGGACGUACCCAGCAACAAAGACGUCACCUCACUGGAUUGGAAUAGCGAGGGUACACUCUUGGCAACAGGAUCAUAUGACGGCUUUGCCAGAAUAUGGACAAAAGAUGGUAACCUGGCUAGUACUUUGGGUCAGCAUAAAGGUCCUAUAUUUGCACUUAAGUGGAACAAGAAAGGAAACUCCAUCCUGAGUGCUGGUGUAGACAAGACCACUAUCAUCUGGGAUGCCCACACGGGGGAAGCCAAGCAGCAGUUUCCCUUUCACUCAGCUCCAGCCCUGGAUGUGGACUGGCAGAGCAACAACACGUUUGCCUCCUGCAGCACAGACAUGUGCAUCCAUGUGUGUAAGCUGGGCCAGGACAGACCUGUCAAGACCUUCCAGGGACACACGAAUGAGGUGAACGCUAUCAAGUGGGAUCCCACCGGGAGUUUGCUGGCCUCCUGUUCUGAUGACAUGACACUGAAGAUCUGGAGUAUGAAGCAGGACUCAUGUGUCCAUGACCUGCAGGCCCACAGCAAAGAAAUCUACACCAUUAAGUGGAGCCCGACGGGGCCCGGGACCAAUAACCCCAGCGCCAACCUCAUGCUGGCCAGUGCUUCAUUUGACUCGACGGUGCGUCUGUGGGACGUGGAGCGUGGGGUGUGUAUCCACACGUUGACCCGCCACCAGGAGCCGGUCUACAGUGUGGCCUUCAGCCCAGACGGCAGGCACCUGGCCAGUGGCUCCUUCGACAAGUGUGUCCACAUCUGGAACACUCAGACGGGUGCUUUAGUCCACAGCUACAGAGGAACUGGGGGGAUUUUUGAGGUGUGCUGGAACGCCACGGGGGACAAAGUGGGAGCCAGUGCAUCAGACGGAUCAGUUUGUGUAUUAGACCUGAGGAAAUGACGCUUGUCUGGGGAGCCAUGGACCGACUACGAAUGUGUACAUAGCCAAAAUGACUGACUGUCCCUGCCUGUCCGGCACACUGCUGUAGUCUCCUCAGAUGCCAUGGCCCACCAUCGCAGUCGAACGUGCAUAUAUAUCCUGCCAUACACAAGUUAUGGAUACACUUGUCAGACACAUUAAGGGUCUGUUCAUAGACAUUUGUGUCGCUCUUGUGCUCUACAAGAUGGAAGGAUUUCAGUGAAAGGACCCAUUACAUGCAUACCAAAAUGCCAGGAUUUAUCUCCCUCUUGUUUUUUUUUUUUGUUUUUUUUUUUAUCAAACUGUAAGGAUCUUUUUCCUCUGUUGGUGUGAGCAUAUUGCACAUGCCAGAGUCAGCUGUCCUGUGGCCAUUGUUAUGAAUUGAGAU